CGAGGGGCGGGCGGGAGCAGCACGUUAGGCUGCGCUGGAGGAGGGGAACUGGUGCUGGAGAGACAGCAAGAGGGGCGAACCGGCCCCCCGCGGCCGCUGCAGGAAUUCUAACAUCGUCCUCUGAAGACUUAACCAUCUUACUCCAUGACGGCCAAGACAACUUGACAUGUGUUGGUCCCUUGUCUCUUCUGCAGAAUAGCUAUUCUUCCCCAUUGUGUGCAGCUUUUCUUUAAUAGGGGAGGGGAGGGGAGAGCCAAGAUCCCCCUCCCCUUCCCUUUUUAGAACUCUGUGAAUUCUUUCCACACCUCUUUCCAAAAAUGGCAGACCCCAUCAUGGACCUUUUUGAUGACCCCAAUUUAUUUGGCCUGGACUCUUUAACUGAUGACAGCUUCAACCAAGUCACACGAGAUCCCAUUGAAGAAGCCCUUGGGCUGCCAAGUACCCUGGACUCCUUAGAUCAGAUGAAUCAGGAUGGUGGAAGCAGUGACUUAGGAAGUUCAUCAUCAAGUGGCCUGCCCCCUCCAACAGAAGAAAUUCCUCCUACAGAUCCUCCCAAAGAAUCAGCAACUCCAGCCCCAGAGUCACUGACCUUACAUGGCUAUACCACUCCACCAGUGGGCCAGGAACAACCCAACCAAACUAUUUUACAGGCACCACCACCACCAACAGGACUUCUUCAGGUCUCCAAGGGUCAGGAGAUCCUUAGCCAAGGAAAUCCUUUUAUGGGUGUCUCUGCAACAGCUGUCUCCUCCAGUGGUGGUGCAGGGCAACCCCCUCAGACAGCUCCCAAGAUUGUCAUCCUCAAGGCUCCACCUGGUACCUCAGUCACAGGUGCUCAUGUGGCACAGAUACAAGCCCAGGCCAUCACCAGCACAGCACAGCCUUUAGUGGCUGGCACAGCCAAUGGUGGUAAAGUCACUUUUACCAAGGUGCUAACUGGUACUCCUCUUCGACCUGGUGUCUCCAUUGUUUCUGGCAAUGCAGUCUUAGCCACUAAGGUCACUGGAGGCCAAGCCACAGUGCAGCGCAUUGUUCAACCCAGCCGGCCAGUAAAGCAGCUGGUCCUGCAGCCGGUGAAGAGUUCUGCUACAACUGGAAACCCCGGGACUGGAGCAACACCACUGAAACCUGCUGUCACACUGACCUCAGCACCCACUCAGGGUGAAUCAAAGCGCAUCACUCUGGUUCUCCAGCAGCCUCAGUCAGGGGGUCCUCAAGGCCAUCGGCAUGUUGUGCUAGGGAGUCUGCCAGGCAAGAUUGUGUUGCAGGGCAACCAGCUGGCAGCCCUGACUCAGGCCAAGAAUGCCCAGGGGCAGCCUGCCAAAGUGGUGACUAUCCAGCUGCAGGUGCAGCAGCCACAGCAGAAGAUUCAGAUUGUACAGCAGCCACCUUCAUCCCAGCAGCAGCAGCAGCAGCAACAGCCACCCUCAGCCCAGCCAGUGACCCUUUCCUCGGUACAGCCAGCCCAGAUUAUGGGACCAGGACAAAGUCCAGGCCAAAGACUUACGGUACCACUUAAAGUGGUACUUCAGCCACAGGCUGGCUCUUCCCAAGGGGCCUCCUCUGGCCUGUCAGUGGUUAAAGUGUUGAGUGCCAGUGAAGUGGCAGCUCUGUCUUCUCCAGCAGCCCCUGCUCCCCACACUGGGGGAAAAGCUGGGGUGGAGGAAAACCGAAGGCUAGAACACCAGAAGAAACAAGAGAAAGCUAAUAGGAUAGUAGCAGAGGCCAUUGCCAGAGCUCGGGCCCGAGGAGAGCAAAAUAUCCCACGAGUCUUAAAUGAAGAUGAGUUGCCCAGUGUCCGACCUGAGGAAGAAGGUGAGAAGAAGCGCAGGAAGAAGAAUACUGGAGAAAGGCUCAAAGAGGAGAAGCCAAAAAAGAGCAAAGCUUCUGGUACCUCCAAGUCUAAGGGCAGGAGUAAGCUAAACACCAUCACUCCUGUGGUGAGUAAGAAGAGGAAACGCAACACUUCAUCUGAUAAUUCUGAUGUGGAAGUCAUGCCUGCACAAUCACCCAGGGAGGAGGAAGAGAGCAGCAUUCAGAAGAGACGAUCAAACCGACAAGUAAAGCGAAAAAAAUACACAGAAGAUUUGGACAUUAAGAUCACAGAUGAUGAGGAGGAAGAAGAAGUAGACGUGACUGGUCCUGUAAAGCCUGAACCCAUUCUACCUGAGCCAGUUCAGGAACCUGAUGGCGAGACAUUGCCAUCUAUGCAGUUCUUUGUGGAGAACCCCAGUGAAGAAGAUGCAGCCAUUGUGGACAAAGUACUUUCUAUGCGUGUGGUGAAAAAGGAGCUUCCCUCUGGACAAUACACAGAAGCAGAAGAAUUUUUUGUCAAGUAUAAGAACUAUUCUUAUCUGCAUUGUGAAUGGGCCACUAUUUCUCAAUUAGAGAAAGACAAGAGAAUCCAUCAGAAACUUAAGCGGUUCAAAACCAAAAUGGCUCAAAUGAGACACUUCUUCCAUGAGGAUGAAGAACCCUUUAAUCCAGACUAUGUGGAAGUGGAUAGAAUAUUGGAUGAGUCUCACAGCAUUGACAAAGACAAUGGAGAGCCCGUAAUUUACUACCUGGUCAAAUGGUGUUCUCUGCCUUAUGAGGAUAGUACUUGGGAACUGAAAGAAGAUGUGGAUGAGGGCAAAGUCCGGGAGUUUAAGCGGAUUCAAUCAAGGCAUCCAGAGCUCAAAAGGGUGAAUCGUCCUCAGGCAAGUGCCUGGAAGAAAUUAGAAUUAUCACAUGAAUACAAAAACAGGAAUCAGCUACGAGAAUACCAACUAGAAGGUGUCAAUUGGCUACUUUUUAAUUGGUACAACAGGCAGAACUGUAUCCUGGCUGAUGAAAUGGGAUUGGGCAAAACAAUUCAGUCCAUUGCCUUCCUACAAGAAGAAUAUAAUGUAGGCAUCCAUGGCCCUUUCCUGGUCAUUGCUCCACUCUCUACAAUUACCAACUGGGAGAGAGAAUUCAAUACAUGGACAGAGAUGAACACUAUUGUUUACCAUGGCAGUCUGGCCAGCCGGCAAAUGAUCCAGCAAUAUGAGAUGUACUGCAAAGAUUCAAGGGGACGACUUAUCCCUGGGGCAUACAAGUUUGAUGCCUUGAUCACCACUUUUGAGAUGAUCUUGUCAGACUGUCCUGAGCUCCGGGAGAUUGAAUGGCGUUGUGUCAUUAUUGAUGAGGCUCAUCGACUCAAGAAUCGGAAUUGCAAGCUGCUUGAUAGUCUCAAGCACAUGGACCUGGAGCACAAGGUGUUGCUCACAGGAACACCCUUGCAAAACACUGUUGAAGAACUGUUUAGCUUAUUACACUUCUUAGAACCUUCACAGUUUCCUUCAGAAUCAGAGUUUCUUAAGGACUUUGGUGAUCUCAAGACAGAAGAGCAGGUCCAGAAGCUACAGGCCAUUCUGAAGCCAAUGAUGUUAAGAAGGCUCAAAGAAGAUGUGGAAAAAAACCUAGCUCCCAAACAGGAGACAAUAAUUGAAGUGGAGUUAACCAACAUCCAAAAAAAGUAUUAUCGUGCUAUCUUGGAAAAAAAUUUUUCCUUCCUUUCCAAAGGAGCAGGUCAUACAAAUAUGCCCAACCUACUUAAUACGAUGAUGGAGCUACGUAAAUGCUGUAAUCAUCCAUAUCUUAUCAAUGGCGCAGAGGAAAAAAUCCUAACAGAAUUUCGGGAGGCCUGCCAUAUCAUCCCCCAUGACUUCCAUCUUCAGGCCAUGGUCCGCUCAGCUGGUAAGCUGGUUCUCAUUGACAAGCUGCUUCCAAAACUCAAGGCUGGUGGCCAUAAAGUGCUGAUCUUCUCUCAGAUGGUUCGCUGCCUGGAUAUUCUGGAGGAUUACUUAAUCCAGAGAAGGUACUUAUAUGAGCGUAUUGAUGGACGUGUGCGAGGUAACCUUCGGCAGGCUGCUAUCGACCGCUUUAGUAAACCUGAUUCUGAUCGAUUUGUCUUCUUACUCUGUACCCGGGCUGGUGGCCUUGGUAUCAAUCUUACAGCGGCAGACACUUGCAUCAUCUUUGAUUCAGACUGGAACCCACAGAAUGAUUUACAGGCCCAAGCACGUUGUCAUCGAAUAGGGCAAAGCAAAGCUGUGAAAGUUUACCGCCUCAUCACUCGAAAUUCUUAUGAGAGGGAGAUGUUUGAUAAGGCCAGCCUCAAGUUGGGACUGGAUAAAGCAGUACUUCAGUCCAUGAGUGGUCGGGAUGGCAACAUCACUGGGAUUCAGCAGUUCUCCAAGAAGGAGAUUGAGGAUCUCUUAAGAAAAGGUGCUUAUGCUGCCAUUAUGGAAGAAGAUGAUGAAGGUUCCAAAUUUUGUGAGGAAGAUAUUGACCAAAUUUUACUAAGACGUACCACUACCAUCACCAUUGAAUCUGAGGGGAAAGGGUCCACCUUUGCUAAGGCUAGCUUUGUUGCUUCAGAAAAUAGAACAGAUAUUUCUCUGGAUGAUCCUAACUUCUGGCAAAAGUGGGCUAAAAAAGCUGACCUAGACAUGGAUUUACUCAACAGCAAGAAUAACUUGGUGAUUGAUACACCAAGAGUGCGUAAGCAGACACGGCACUUUAGCACUCUGAAAGAUGAUGACCUGGUGGAAUUCUCAGAUUUGGAAAGUGAGGAUGAUGAGCGGCCUCGCUCCCGCCGACAUGACAGGCAUCAUGCCUAUGGACGCACUGACUGCUUCCGAGUGGAAAAGCACCUCUUGGUGUAUGGGUGGGGUCGCUGGCGAGAUAUUCUGUCCCAUGGGCGGUUCAAACGAAGAAUGACUGAACGGGAUGUGGAGACAAUCUGCCGUGCCAUUCUUGUGUACUGUCUUUUGCACUACCGUGGGGAUGAAAACAUCAAAGGCUUCAUUUGGGACCUGAUCAGCCCUGCAGAAAAUGGCAAAACAAAAGAACUUCAGAAUCAUUCAGGUUUAUCUAUCCCAGUGCCCCGGGGACGCAAAGGGAAGAAAGUGAAGUCCCAGAGUACCUUUGAUAUCCACAAAGCUGACUGGAUCCGGAAAUAUAAUCCCGAUACCCUCUUCCAGGAUGAAAGUUAUAAGAAACACCUGAAACAUCAGUGUAACAAGGUGUUAUUGCGAGUACGCAUGUUGUAUUAUCUGCGGCAAGAGGUUAUCGGUGAUCAGGCUGAAAAGGUGUUGGGAGGUGCCAUUGCUAGUGAGAUUGAUAUAUGGUUCCCAGUGGUGGAUCAAUUGGAGGUUCCAACAAACUGGUGGGAUAGUGAAGCUGACAAGUCCUUGCUCAUAGGAGUUUUUAAACAUGGCUAUGAGAAAUAUAAUACAAUGAGAGCAGACCCAGCAUUAUGUUUUCUGGAAAAGGCUGGCCGGCCAGAUGACAAGGCCAUUGCAGCAGAGCAUCGAGUAUUGGACAAUUUUUCUGAUAUCGUAGAAGGGGUUGACUUUGAUAAGGACUGUGAGGAUCCUGAAUACAAGCCACUUCAAGGCCCCCCAAAGGACCAAGAGGAUGAGGGUGACCCUUUGAUGAUGAUGGAUGAGGAGAUUUCUGUGAUUGACAGUGAUGAAGUCCAGGUGACGCAGCAGCCAGGUCAUCUUUUCUGGCCUCCAGGCUCAGCCCUGACAGCCAGACUGAGGCGUCUGGUUACUGCCUAUCAACGUAGCUACAAGCGAGAACAGAUGAAGAUAGAGGCAGCAGAGCGUGGGGACCGUCGGCGACGACGUUGUGAAGCAGCCUUCAAACUGAAAGAAAUUGCACGACGAGAGAAGCAGCAGCGAUGGACAAGGCGUGAGGAAUCAGAUUUCUACCGAGUGGUAUCAACCUUUGGAGUUGAGUUUGAUCCUGACACUCUACACUUCCACUGGGGUCGAUUCCGUACAUUUGCUCGCCUGGACAAAAAAACUGAUGAAAGCCUUACCAAGUACUUCCAUGGUUUUGUGGCCAUGUGCCGACAAGUGUGCCGUCUACCCCCUGCUGCUGGAGAUGAAUCCCCAGACCCCACUCUAUUCAUUGAACCCAUCACAGAGGAGAGGGCCUCACGCACUCUUUUCCGAAUUGAGUUGCUUCGGCGAUUACGGGAACAAGUACUAUGCCAUCCUUUAUUAGAGGACCGGUUGGCUUUGUGCCAACCCCCAGGCCCUGAACUGCCCAAAUGGUGGGAACCAGUUCGACAUGAUGGCGAACUUCUCCGAGGGGCAGCCCGCCAUGGGGUGAGCCAAACAGACUGCAAUAUUAUGCAGGACCCAGACUUCUCUUUCCUGGCUGCCCGUAUGAAUUACAUGCAGAGCCAACAGGCAGGGGCACCAGCUCCAUCCCUGUCACGCUGUUCUACCCCACUGCUGCACCAACAAUACGCCUCGAGCACUGCCUCACCACUGCCCCUGCGUCCAGAUGCUCCUACUGAAAAGCUACCAGAGGAGGCAGCCACCCGUCUCCCAAGCCUGGAGAGUCUGGCCUUAAAACUAGAGCAUGAGGCAGUGGCCAAAAACAGGCCAACCUCACAAGACUAUGAGCUACGGGUAACCCCCUCUGAUCCUACCCCCAUGGCUUCCCAAAGUGUUCUGCCAGUCAAGCUGGAGGAUGAGGAUGAUUCGGAUUCUGAACUGGACUUAAGCAAACUGUCACCAUCUUCCUCCUCUUCUUCCUCCUCAUCCAGCUCCAGCUCUAGCACUGAAGAUAGUGAAGAUGAAAAGGAAGAGAAGCUGAGUGCUGAUCAGUCCUGUUCCAAGCUCUAUGAUGAAGAGAGUCUCAUGUCCCUCACUAUGUCCCAGGAUGGAUUCCCUAAUGAAGAUGGAGAGCAAAUGACUCCUGAACUGUUGCUGCUUCAGGAGAGGCAGAGAGCUUCUGAAUGGCCCAAGGAUCGUGUCCUGAUAAACCGCAUUGACCUCGUCUGCCAGGCUGUCCUCUCAGGGAAAUGGCCUUCCAACCGCCGGAACCAAGAAAUGGUGACUGGAGGGUCACUGGGACAAGGCAACCAUCUGCUGGAUAGUCCUCUGCUGGCUCCAGGAGAAUAUGGUGAUUCACCUGUGCCCACACCUCGAAGUAGUAGUGCAGCUUCAAUGGCAGAAGAGGAGGUGACUGCUGUCAGUACUGCUGCAGCCCAGUUCACCAAACUUCGACGGGGCAUGGAUGAGAAGGAAUUUACAGUCCAGAUCAAAGAUGAAGAAGGACUGAAGUUGACGUUCCAGAAGCACAAGUUGAUGGCCAAUGGAAUGCUAGGAGAUGGACAUCCAUUGUUCCAUAAGAAGAAGGGGAGCCGAAAAAAGCUAGUGGAGCUGGAGGUGGAGUGUAUGGAAGAGCCUCAUCACCUUGAUGUAGACUUGGAAGCCCGAAUUCCUGUCAUCAAUAAGGUCGAUGGCACUUUGCUGGUGGGUGAAGAUGCCCCUCGUCGGGCUGAACUGGAGAUGUGGUUACAAGGUCAUCCAGAAUUUGCUGUUGAUCCUCGAUUUCUUGCUUAUAUGGAAGAUCACCGAAAACAGAAAUGGCUCAGAUGUAAAAAACCCAAUAAGACAGAGAUGGGUUGUUUGGGAAUAGAACAAGUGCAAACAGUCAAUUCUCGGAAUGGAAAGAAGAUGGAGAAACUUAAACCCAGAGAUGAAAAAAGUGUAUAUUUCUCUUAUAAAAGAGUCAUAUUUAUUGAUGAGAAGAUAUUCAUAGAAGACGCUUAAGUAUCUUUCAAUAUCUUUCAGCCUCCAUAGUACUAAAGAAGUCUCACUCUGAUGGUAUCAACAUGUUUCAAAGAAACAACGAGAAAAUUUUUGUGUUUGUAUGUGUGUAACAUCUUUAUACAGAGUGCCCAAGGUUAAGCUUUAAUAGCUUAAAAUUACACUAAGCCUUUUGAUACACCUAUAUGUCAGUACAUUUAGGAUUGUGGUUUUGCUAAUAUUGGUCCUUCUUGUACCUAAACAGAUCAUAACUUCUGGAGUCUAGUAGAUGAUUUUUAAGCGUUGUGAUAGAUUAAAAAAAAAAAAAAAUUAAUCACCCUCUGGCCAUCCUAGUUAUUAAUCUUUCCUAAUUAAGAAUUUACCUAGACCUCAGAAAAGAGUCAGCUAGCUUCUUAAUUUCUACUGAAAGCUUUAGCAACUUGAUAGAGACUUGGCCAGAAUUUACAUUUGCCCAGCAUAGCCAUCAAAGACUUUUGUGGGAAAAGACACACAUGGUUAAAUGUAUUACUGUAUAACUGGCAGAGUGCCAAUUAUAAGUAUCACUCUUGUCAUUUAUCUUAAGGUAUAGCUUCAGGCUUUUCAGCUUUAAUUCAGGCAUAUUUUUUACUACUGCCAUUAAAAAAGCAAUACCCUUGAAUGAAUACUGUGAAUUAUAAGUGGUGAAUAACAAUCUGGCACAAUUAUCAAAUAUGAAUAAGCAAUUGGAUUGUUAUUCUAAAACUGCACUGUAACUGAAUAUUGCAGAAUAGUCAGAUCUCCAUCCUAUGAGUGAUAGCAUUAAGGUAUUUGUUUUUCAAGACAAGGAAAAGUAUGGAUAGAUUAUAAAUAGAAUUCUAGAGCAUAUGAGUGAAUUUAGAGAGCAGCUAAUCCAAUGCCCUCAUUUUCAAGAGAAGAAAAUAGAAGCCAACAGAUGUCAAACAGUUAAUCUGCCCACAGUUGUACAAAAAGUAUCAGAUUUGAAAUUUGAACUCAAGAUUCCAUAUCCAAUGUUUCAGAAGUGGUUACCAGUAGUCUGAAUUUACCCAUCUCUGGUGCAUCAAUGGGCAAUAUGGUUAAAUCUGAGUAAUGUGUUCCUUCUUAUGUGAAAAUAACAUUAAAACCUACCAUUAAAACCUAGCAUGUGCUUUUUGUCAUAUAAAUUUACUUAUAUAUUAAACCAGGCAAACUCUGGCUUUGGUCCCUCAUGUUUUUAAUCUUUAUUGAUAUAUUUUGGUUUUACUCAAAUACAUCUCUACUGUCAACUCUUUUGAGAGUCAUCCCUUUUAGCAAAGAAUAAAAAAGGGGGGAAAGUUGCUAUUCAACAAAGCUAAUCAAUACAUCAACCAAUUCUGUACAUAUGUGUUUUCUACUUUCAUCUUCCUCUACUUCUGCAAUCAAGAGAGCAGGUGCAUUUUUUUUCCCCCUUUUCUUUGGAGCUAAAUUUGAUCAUUGUAAUUACAUAACCAAAAUAUAUAGGUUUGUGAUCUGGGUAGCUGUGUGAGAUGGAAGUACCCUAUGAAUUUAUGAAACAGCAAACCUUGGUGGUCUUCAAAGCUAUCAAAUUUUUGACCUUGGCCUAAUAACUGUGCUAACUUACUUGGCAUAAUGUCCCUUUACACAUACACAUAGUUGGAAUAUACUAAAAUAUGACAGAACUAGUGAGGUUAUGUUGUGAGGAAGCUUUUGAAAACUAAGAAAUAUGUUUUGACUUGUUU